AUGGAUACGAUUUUUCUGAAUCGAUCUAUGGAGCGAUCGGUUUCUUCCCAAAUCAGAAACCCUAGAAAUGUCGGAUUGCAGUAUUUUCCGUCGAUUCAUUCGGAAAAUUUUUUUCCGGCGCCGGCGCCGGCUUCUUAUUCACUGCCGCGGUCUCACCAGCCGCCGCUGCUUCCCCUCCCUCCUACGGCGGCGCCCCGCCGGAGCAACGCCGCGCGCGGCCAAUCUUGCCCGCCGGCGAAUAAAAUCGGCGGCAGAAAUAGUCGGGAAUGUUCUCUGACCCCGAAGAAAUCAAAUUCUCCGAAUAAAAACCGCAGAAUGAAAUCGAAUUGUGAAUCUCCGGUCGCCGGCGCAGAAGAUCCUUUGAUCGGCGACAUGUUUUCCGGGUCGGUGGCGUUCACAAUCUCUCCUCCGCCAAGCAGCUUGCCUUUGCCGACUUUUUCUUUGAGGCCGAAGCUCGGCUGCAAGGCCCAGGCCGCCGCCGCCGGAAUAGACGCCGGAGCCACAGAUAACCUUCGGCGUCUUCUUCGUCUCCGGUGA